UUCAAACCUCUCAGUUUGAUCGAGCAUGUGCAGCACAGCACAACAAAAUAUAUAAACAAAUAUAUAUAACAAAAAUUGAGAACAUAUUCUUUAUAUUCAUCUAUUCUAUUAAGGCAAACUCAAAAUGGCUGAUAAGGAUAAAGAAAAAAAUAAUUAUGUAGAAGAUGAAGAGGAGCUGCCACAGCGGCCAGAGCGCGUAGAUCAGGGCACACAGCGCUCGGGUCGUCGCCCACUGCCGCCGCCACGCCCACAGCGUAACCAGGCGCCAGACGAGGAGCCGCCAUCCCCUAGAGGUCGCCAUAUAAUCCUGCCGCAGAAAGUUAACGAAUCGCAUGAUCACACUGCUCCAGACUCGCCUAGCCCCUCCACCCAGCCGCUGACCACAGAACAGGCACCCCCACCGCAAAAGACGGGCAUUGCACGACUUUUUAGACGUAAGCAGAUCUACGAUGGAGAUCGCGGUGAAUCAAAUACCGAGCCUGAAACUAGACGUAGAUCAAUAGCUGACAGACAGGGCAUGAGAACGAAAGCAUCGCGCAUUCUCUAUACAACCGACGAGGAGGUGCGCGAAGCACUCAUGGAAUUCGCCGUGUUUAUCAUAUUUCUCAUCUUAACUUCUUUGGUCACGCUCUCAGUUCGUCAUCCCUACAUGUUCUAUUUUAAUGAUACGAUAAAGAAACUUUUCACAACCCGUGAUAUGAUUAUAACUCCCUCGGUCACUAUAUCAUUUGAAAAGAUCCUGACCAUACCGGACUUUUGGGACUAUUUAGUCUAUAAUUUUUUAGUAAAUCUACACGGCGAUAUGACAGGCAUAAGUUCGAACCUUCAACAAAUUGACAACCCAGAACCUGUAGGUGGACCUGGAGAUGGACCUGGAGAUGAACCUGGAGGUGGACCUGGAGGUGGACCUGGAGGUGGACCUGGAGGUGGACCUGGAGGUGGACCUGGGGGUGGACCUGGAGGUGGGCCUGGAGAUGAAGAAGACCAAAUUGAUAAUGACGAUAACCCAACACGCAAAGAUAAACGUCAAGCACAUACGGGGAACGCAACGAAUCUACUAGGUAGAGUCUUUUUGCAUGAGAACCUAUUGCUGGGACCGCCCCGACUGCGGCAGAUACGUGUGCGCAAAGAUAGCUGCAAUGUUAACGAUGCCUUUAUACGUUACUUCAACACAUGCUAUGCAGAAUAUUCAUCCGGAAUGGAAGAGAUUGCAGACCAUCACAUGGGCACCCCAUUUAGAACGAUGAAGGACUUAGACUCGACUCCCUUGUGGACACAAUUAAAUUUCUAUCGCACUGGCGGCUAUACCGUCGACUUAUCCUUUAGUAAGCAGAAAAAUCUACGGACUAUCAAACGAUUGAUGAAUGAACAUUGGCUGGAUCGCGGCUCGCGGCUUUGCGUGAUAGAGUUUAAUUUAUAUAACGCAAAUACAGAUAUAUUUCAGCGUGUAAAAUUUAUUGCGGAAAUACCGCCUACUGGCGGUGUCAUACCUCAGAGUCAGCUGCAGACCGUGAAAGAACUCUCAUUUUUAAAUGAUCGAAGUCUGUCCAUGACCUGCGUAAUUAUAUUUUGGUAUGUUAUGGUUGUAUACUACACCUUAUCGGAAAUAACUGCAAUACGCAGAAUUGGUCCCAAGAAUUAUUUUAAGUCCAUAAUGAACAUACAGGAUUUACUUAUAUUGGUCUUUGCAUAUCUGGCUAUGAUCUAUAACGUUUGGCAUAUGUUCAAGGUGACUGGAAUUGUAAAUGCAUUGAAGUCCAAAGAAAAGUACCUGAGUUUGGAUACUUUAUGUUUGUGGAAUACUAUCUAUGUGGAUAUGAUGGCCAUUUUGGCAUUUCUCGUUUGGGUUAAGAUCUUUAAGUUCAUUAGUUUCAACAAGACGCUCGUGCAGUUUACAACGACAUUGAGACGCUGCUCGAAGGACUUGGCUGGCUUCAGUCUCAUGUUCGGCAUUGUAUUUCUGGCCUAUGCCCAGCUGGGUCUGCUGCUGUUUGGCACUAAGCAUCCUGAUUUUCGCAAUUUCCUGACAUCUAUUUUGACCAUGAUACGCAUGAUUCUGGGCGACUUUCAAUACAAUCUCAUUGAGCAGGCUAACCGUGUGCUGGGACCCAUUUACUUCCUCACUUACAUUCUGCUGGUCUUCUUUAUUCUGCUGAAUAUGUUCUUGGCCAUCAUAAUGGAAACGUACAAUUCCGUAAAGAGUGAAAUAACUCAGGGUCGCAGUCAGCUAGGCGCAUAUGUCUAUAAGAAAAUUUCAGCUUUCUUCUAUAUGAUUAGGCACUGUGGACGCAAGCGUCAAAAUCAAGUUCUGCCACAGCCGACUGAAACCGAAGAAGAUUUAGGCACUGAUAUGGCUAACAAUCCCUACCAACCGAGGGAAAGAAUUCAUUUACGCAGAAAUCUAACGGAAGCCGAGGCACACUAUUUCGCAGAUGUACCUAAUGAAGUCAGGAAUAAGGAUAUGUACCGUCUCAACAAUCGCGUUUCUUUGCUGGAGGAAAUUCUUGAACAGCUGGUUACCAAUAUGGAUGCCAUAUUGAAGCGUGUGGAAAGCGAAAUUAAGAAAAACAAAUGAAGCUGUUUCUGUAGUUUUCAAUGAUUUGUUUGAAUUCAAGUAAAAUAUUUAAAUAUAAUCAAAUUAAAUUUGUUAA